CCUGCCCUUGCCCUUGACCUUGACCUUGACCUUGACCUUGGCCUCGAUCUUCGGACACCCAGGUCUUCAAAAAGCGGCCACGGCCAGAAAAGGCUGAAUCGUCUUUUACUUCCAUCAUUCAUAUCUGCCUCGCCAGCUCUUGAUUCUUUAUUAUACCAUCUUUCUUGCUGGUCAUAAAUGCAACAGUCUCGGGCUGAAUCUUGAAACUUGGAACCACAAGAUCAACAUCCUUCUCUAGCCUGCAAACAUUUCCAAUCAUAGAGCCCCGCCCAUAAACCAACAAAUCUGGACUGUAAUUGUCCGAUCCCUCAAACUUAUACCCACAUGAUCAUGGUUGAGCAGCAGUAUAUUGCCCCAGGUCUACCCCAGCAGGCUGGUUUUUCGGGAGCUCCCACUCUGCUCGACUCAAUUCCUACAACCGCAGCUUCUGCUUACCACGAACUCGCAGCCUAUUCAUCUAUUUCGUCCUCUUACAACGGCAUCCCGUGCGACCCAAAUCUUUUAACUCCUGUCUCAGUCAUAGAUUCUCCUCCUUUGCACGGAUUGACCAAGAUUCAAUACCCUCCUCCCCCAAGCACACCCAACCAGCAACCUUCCCCCCCAGGGAGUUCAGAAAUGUACCGCCAGCAGUGGGCAGGACACUUCGACAUUAACGGACAGUCUCCAUCAGCGAGCUCGCCAAUGACUUCACAGGCGCCAGGUGGUGGAGAAUUCCUCCAUGCCAGCUACGUCCAUGAUGGGCGUCGAACACCAGGACCACCUGAGCCCUAUAUGGGAGCUUUCGGCGUGUCGAACGCACCAGAGCCACCAUCAAUGGACCACCCGUACUAUGUCGAUAUGGGCCCUCCAGUCGACCACCAGGUUCAAAUGGGUAUUCACCAUCGCGAAAUGCCCGGCGCACCUCUUCUGAGCGAGUCACAGCCAAUCCAGUACCGUCGUCGUCACAGCCCUGAGGAUCCUGCUCCGCAGAAUUGGUCUGCAGGCGUCCCACGCUCCCUAACAGGAUCCCCCCGUCGAAAACCUGCUUUCCAAGCCAGUGGUCGGGUCAAAAAGCGCCAUUCGAAGCGGCCAGGUGCAUCUCGAACUGCUGCCCAGGAAGACCCCACGAGCGAACACAAAAAUUGCUUCGGCGAAGAGGCUCCCCCAAAGAUCAAAAGCAACUGUCCCGACGAGGAACGCUGCAUCUUCGAAUCGCGCUGGCGACACCGCCACCAGAAGGGCCAGGACAUGUGGGACAGUAUUCAGAAUGACUACUACAAUCGCUUCGGGAAGCGUCCCGGCAAGGAGAUGCUGCAGAUGAAGUUCAAACGAGGCCGAGCUAAGUACCUCGACUGGAUAUCCAAAGAUGUGGACCUACUUCAUGAAGCUUGGUUGAUUAACGAGAAGAAUCGUUAUCAAAACACUCUUGAUAUAUUCUACGAGAUGGGAGGCUCUCGGAAUAUGCGUUUGAAUGCCAGCGACAUCGAGAUUAAAGUCGUCAAUGAUUUGAAGCUCGAAGAAGGGAUCUAUAUGGAGUCUUACGGAAGCGCCAACAUUCGUCGGCGACGUAAGCCGGACUCAGUAAGAAAGCGUGCUGGCCAUGGCGUUAGCAACGACAUGUCGGUCAACGACGAGAUGAUGAGCAUUGGCUCGCACACAACACACGAAGACGAAGUUAUCAACCAGGUCCAUGGCCUUCCAAAUAUGAAGGUGGAGGAGCAAGGCCCCGGAGACCAUCCCAACAUGAUGGAGACGCAAAUGUGGGAUCAGCAGAUGAAGAUGGAACCUGGAACAAUGCCGCAAAGAAAUGACCACAUACAACACUCGAUGGGGCCGAGUCCAAUAUCACAGCCCAUGUAUGGUGCCCGCAGAGAAGCAUAAAUCUGAAAGCUUCUGACACUUAAAUCAUUUCAUGCCCCUCAUAGACUGCUUCAUCUUCCCAACGAAGAGCUCACUUUCUCUCUAUUUUUUUUUCACGAUUCUAUUACAUCUGGCCUCCUCCCCGUCAUUAUGGACGCCGAAUAUCAUACAAGAGUUCUCUCAUAUACCCCAAGGACCAGCUUUUAGAUAGAACUAUGGAGGAAUAUUGAAUUGUUUCC